AUGCCAAUCCCACCAAUCCGCCAAUCGUCAAUCCGCGCCAAGCCCUCAAGCCAGCCAUGGCCAGCCACGGACGCGAAUACCGGCCCAGUCCUGAUCGCCCAGAUCGUGGGCGCUUGGGACGCUUGGGCUGGCUUGGCCUCGUCUGCCAAGUCCGAGUGUGUCGCCACUGCGGCCAAGGCGGCGGCGCAGCGUGCGCAGCGUGCAGCGAGGGUGGCGACUCAGCUGUUGUGA